AUGACGCUCUACAUCCCCAAGACAGACGUGCGCAAGCUGACCUUAGGGCUUCAGCCGGGGGCGGAGGCUCACUGGGUGUGGAGGGGGACGAGGGUGGAACUCGAGAUCGAGGACUACACAGCAGGAGGGAGCAGCAGGACGUGCUCGAGAAUUCGCCUGUGGGGAGGAGAAGCCAACGUGUGGGAGGCAACACAGUUGGUAAAGGCGGGAGGAGGAGGAGGAGGAGGAGGAGGAGGAGUAGGCGCUAAAGGGCAGCAGAUCAAGAAGCUGCUAGCAAGGAGUCAGCUGGACGAACAGUACCUGGCAUGCGGACUAGCAGUGCCAGCCUUCAUCGAGAGGGUGAGGAACACAGAGACUGUCUCAGCUGAUGCCUUGCUGACAGAUCGACUCCGAGUCCGUUCAAAGCACCGCGCUAGUGAACACACCAGAGGUUGUGGCUUGGUCCUUCUUCCCCAAGACUUUGACGCAAACUUUCACGGGCGGACGCAUGGAAAUAAGAGGAAGAAGGUGGAGAUGGAGGGGAAGGAGAAGAGGAAGGGGGAGAGGAAAGAUCGCGAGCGAGCUGCCUUCUUUGCUCAGGCGGAUGCAGCUGAGAAAGCAGCUGACGCACUGCUGGGCCGUCAAAGGCCUGGAGUAAUCAUCGGGCCGCUGCCUGGUGGCUUCGAUCCCUGUGUGAUGUGGGACGUGACGCGGUAUGAACUCUGA